AUGGCGAAACAAUCGGCAACUUCAGGAUGGUGGACUUGGUCAUCUAAGAAGAAAGCACUGGUCUUGUCCUUGGUUGCGCUCAUCGUUGUAGCGCUUGGCGUGGGAUUGGGAGUCGGGCUUGGGAUCGGGCUCAAGCAACAUCAUGGAAAAAGGAGCGGAAAUGCACCGACCAGCAAUGGGGGGAAUGGCGGAGCUAAUACCACAGUCAAAUGGCAACCAGCGGCUGGGACCAAAUGGCAGAUCGAGCUACUAAAUCCCUUGACCGACACUUCGGUUGAUGCACCCGUCUACGACAUCGAUAUGUUCGACAACCGUGUUAAGGUGAUAUGCGAUCUACAGAACAUGGGGCGGAAAGUUAUUUGUUAUUUCUCAGCAGGAACCUAUGAGAACUGGCGUCCGGACGCUAGCGAUUUCCGUUCCUCUGAUUUUGGGAACAAGCUGCCGGACUGGUCCGGCGAGAAGUGGCUAGAUACCAACUCUAAAAACGUACGCGAAGUCAUGAAGACUCGACUCGACCUGGCAAAGAAGAAAGGCUGUGAUGGUGUUGAUCCGGAUAAUAUCGAUGCAUACGACAACUCAAACGGACUCGGGCUGACCAAAGCGGACGCCAUUAACUACGUCAACUUCCUCGCCAAAGAAGCAGAUGCCCGUGGCUUGGCCAUAGGCCUCAAGAAUGGCGGCGAUAUCAUCGACUCUGUGAUCGAUAACAUGCAAUGGAGCGUGAACGAGCAAUGUGCCCAAUAUGAUGAAUGCGCUAUAUUCGACCCGUUCAUCCAAGCAAACAAACCUGUCUUUCACAUCGAAUAUCCCAAGUCCGACGGAACCAAUAACAACAACGCCGUGACAGCAAAACAACGGUCAGCGGCCUGCAACGCGGCGAAUGAGAAAGGAUUCUCUACAGUGAUCAAGAACAUGGACCUCGAUAACUGGGUCGAGUACUGUUCCUAA